AUGUUGCAAAGAGCACUUCAAUCAUCAAAUUCUUUGAAUACAAAGGCUCAAUCAAUGUUGAGUUAAAAUAGAUCUCCUCGUAGCAAUUCUCGUAAAAAAACUCCUGUUAAUCACAAUAGCUCAGUUGUUUCUAGUUUUAGUUAAGCUGCUGCAUUAAAGUCCUCCUCCUUUUUUGCAUAAUACGACUCAAGGACUAACAAUUACAGUUCUUCUCAAAUUUAACAAACGAGUAUUCCUGCUAGUGAAAAUGUUUCUGUUUCAAAUUAUAACUCAGGUGUCGCUUAUACUUCAGUAGGUUCUACAGUUUCACAGCAAUUAAGCCAAGCUAAUCAAUAAUAUAGCCCAACUAAUGGUGCAGCUGGUAAUAAUUUUAAGCUUUAUUGCAAAAAGCAUGAAAAGGGAAUAGAAAAAAUCUGCACAAAAACGGGGUGCGAAUAGCAAGUCCUUCUUUGCUCUGAUUGCUACUUUGAUAGCUAGUAGCAUAUAGGUCUUCAUAAAGAACAUAUGUUUAACUAUGAUGAUUUCAUUUAAGUUUGCAAAUCAUUUUCUCUUCAACAUAAAGACGAUUUCUCUAAUGGAAACAGAUAGUUAUCAUCUCUUCUUGCUAAGCUUGAUCGCCAGGUUCUUAAAUAUCGCAAUCAUGUUAAAAAGGAAGAGGAAAAAAUAGAUGCUGAUUUUGACGCACUCAUCGCUGAAUUCACAAGAGACAUGGAAGAGGUUAAGCUUAAGUUAAAAGCUCAACUAAACUAGUAAUUUGAAAAAUUCUAAGAAAUGUCUAAAUCUCUUAAGAUCAAGGCUCAAGAUCUCCAACAAGAAAAGGAAUCUAACCUUGACAUUAAGAAUGACUUUGAUGAUUUCCUCAAAAAUGUCAAAGAUAUAACUGUUUAAAAGAAUUAAUCAUAUAACUUUAAGAAGCUUGUUUAAAAUAUACAACCACUCUUGAAUCGUUACAAAGAAUAAAUACAAAAGUAAAUACAAAAUUAAAACCAGAACUGCGGCAACCUUGUUUUAAAUACAGAAUAGUCUGAAACUCUUUCUUGCUUUACAGGCAUGACUGGCUACAGUUAUCUCACACUCAAUCUCGCUUAACAACCUCAUUUGGCUCCUAUAAAAGAUCUCUUUGCUGACUUCAAAGAAUUAUCUUCAAACAAACCUUAGUAUAAGAACAAAGGAGAAGGCUAAAAGCUAUACAGAGAUGCCUACUCAGAUAUCAAGAGAAUAUAUCAUGACCUCUCUGAUUCUAUCAAUCUUUUCCUUCAAGUGCCAAAGCCUAAGCUUGCUUUGGACUUUAACAAAGAGACUUUAGAAGCCUUAACAAUCGAGGAGAAGCCAGAAAUCGAAGCAUUGUAAUUUAUAGAAAAAAGUGAUAAUGUUGCUCUUUAAGAAGACUAGGUAGUCUCAAAAGUAGAAUUUAUCAAAAGUGUGAAUACAAAUCAUAAAUCUGGAGUUUUUUCAUUAGUUUUGAUAGAUGAUGAUACCUAUUUAACAGGAUCUUAUGAUAGGACAGUUAGAGUUUUCGGAUUGAAAGACCAUCGCUUCAUAAAAGAAGUGAAAUUUACUUGCGAUAUAACUACUUUAUCAACUUUAAAAAGACCAGAUGGGUCAAUCAUGGUUCUAGUAGGAUUAUUUGGAGGUUUUGCUAUUCUAAACUAGAAUUUCGAUAUAAUGAAAACGUUUGAAGGGGAACAUGAUGCUAGUAUAAACUGUAUUUUAGGAUUGAAGGAUUGCGAAACUGUUAUCACAGCAUCAAGCGAUCCAAAAAUAGUUGUAUGGAAUGCCUUUAAUAGUGAAAUACUAAAUAGAAAAUACUUUGAUCACAAAGAUACUAUUUAUGCACUUGAACUUUUCCCAUGUGGCAAGUAUCUUGCUUCAGGUGGAAGAGAUAGAACAAUUAAAAUAUGGCGUUUAUAAUAUUACAAGGAGAACUUUAGAAAUGGAGCUCUCGAAAAAAUGAUCCUAGAUACCAACAUCCCUGAAGCUCAUACCACUGAUGUCACCUCUUUGAAAGCAUCAAAAACUUGUAAAGACAUCUUAUUCUCAGGAUCUGCAAAUGGAGAUAUUAAAAUAUGGGAAUUGUAAGAUUCUACUUGUAUUAAAACCAUUAAAAAUAGCAGUGGAUGGAUUUAUAAAUUUAUUAUUUUCGAACGUCCUCAAAAUCCUGAAAAUGAUAAAUUAUAAGAUAAUUAAGAAAAUAUCAUCUCUCACUACGCUUCUCCAAGUAAAGUUAAAAUAGGUGGAAUUUCGAAUUACUCAUCAAUUAAAAAAGGUAGCAAUACUACAAUAAAUUCAAUCAACAGUAACCCUUUAAGCAACAAUCUGAACUUUACUUCAGCAUACAACUCUACCAAAUCCAGAAUGGUUUCUCCUUAAAAAUACGCAAGUAUUACAUCUUGUGGAACAGCUCCUUCUAACAUGGUAAGUCCUAACUCUACAUUGAACAAGUAGAAAAAGUAAAAGAACAAGAAAUAUCUAGACUAAAUGAAGAAAGUAUAACUUUUAACUGCAUCCUUUGAUGGAACUCUAAAAUUAUGGGAUGCUACCUCAGACGUCCCUAUUGAUACUCAAAAAUCAAAACACAACUUUGACUGCUUCCCAUUUGGUGCUGUCACUGCUUUCAAAAGAGAUGAUGAAACAAAAAUUCACAUUUUCACAACUGGAAACAAAAAUGACUCUAUGAUUAAUAUUUGGAACAUUAAUUGA